UCACAUAGAUCACACAUUACACACAAGACAAAGAUUGCAUUAGUACAUGGUCAAAAUGACACAUUCGUCGACAACAUUUUUUACUAAAAUUGUUCUUUUCCUAAUUCUAGUCGUGUUCUUUACACUGUCACCAGUGGCUGAUGCCAGACCCGCUACAUUUCUCCAAGAUUUCCGUAUUACAUGGUCUGAUUCCCACAUUAAGCAACUCGAUGGUGGCAAAGCCAUCCAACUUGUUCUUGACCAAAACUCAGGAUGUGGGUUUGCUUCAAAAAGCCAAUACUUAUUUGGACGUGUGAGCAUGAAGAUUAAGCUUAUUCCAGGAGACUCUGCGGGCACUGUUACUGCUUUCUAUAUGAAUUCGGAUACCGAUCAAGUGCGUGAUGAACUGGAUUUUGAGUUCUUAGGGAACCGAACAGGGCAACCUUACUCGGUACAAACCAAUGUGUAUGCUCAUGGAAAGGGUGAUAGAGAACAAAGGGUUAACUUGUGGUUCGACCCAGCUGCAGACUAUCACACUUACUCCAUCUUAUGGAACCAUCACCAUGUUGUAUUUUCCGUGGAUGAAGUACCCAUAAGGGUAUUCAAGAACAAUGAAGCCAGAGGGCUUCCAUUCCCCAAGUUCCAGCCAAUGGGAGUCUACUCUACAUUAUGGGAAGCAGAUGAUUGGGCUACAAGGGGUGGACUCGAAAAAAUUGAUUGGAGCAAAGCACCAUUUUACGCAUACUACAAGGACUUUGACAUUGAGGGGUGCCCAGUUCCUGGUCCACGCACCUGUGCCUCGAACCCUUCCAACUGGUGGGAAGGUCAAAGCUACCAACAACUUGACCCAAUUGCAGCUCGUCGUUACAGAUGGGUUCGUUUGAACCACAUGGUGUAUGAUUAUUGCACUGAUAAACAACGCUACCCAGUUACACCACCAGAAUGUUUAGCCGGAAUUUGAGAUGAUUGAAUAUUGAGGAUAUAUAAAUGGGGUUAUUGAUUAUUACUAUUGGCCGGUUGAGGAUGAGAACUUUGUUUAUUGUGUGUCUGGAAAAUAAAGUCAUUGGGUAUUUUAUGUGUACGUAAGAGGGUUAAAUUUGUAAUUGUACCAUACAAGGUAUCCUCAAUAGGGUGAAAUUAUUGUGUAUGCAUUUAUGGGAUUUCAAAUUAUCUAUGCAAAUAAUCUUUGUGUUUA